AUGGGAUCUCUGUUCCCCCUGUCGCUGUUGCUCUUGUUGGCAACUGCAUACUGGAGAAGUGCGAGUGUACUAGGGCGCCCGGCUAAGCAGGAACAAAGCCCCAAGGACAACCCUCCUGCACCCUCCAGGACCUCAGCGCCAUUCUGGGUGCGAAUAAGCCCGGAGUCCGUGGCGGUGCAGCCGGGGGGCUCAGUGUGGUUCAACUGCAGCAGUAGCUGUCCCCUGCCACAGAAUUCCAGUCUCUACACCCAGCUGCGGCGGGGAAAGACUUUCAGUGGACCGGCUUGGGUAUCUUACCAGCUACUCGACGUGAGGACCUGGAGCUCCGAUGUGCGCUGCUUCGUCACCUGCUCAGGAGAAACGCGCGGGGCCACCGCCAGGAUAACCACCUACAGAGCACCGCACAGCGUGACUAUGGAGCCUCCGGUCUUAGAGAAUGGCAAGUAUACUCUGCGCUGUCACGUGACACGCGUGUUCCCUGUGGGUUUCUUGGUGGUGACCCUGAGGUGCGGCCUCCGGGCCAUCUAUUCUGAAAGCCUGGAGCGCUUCACUCGUCUGGAUCCAGCCAAUGUGACGCUGAUCCACACAUUUCCCGCUGGACCCCGCGACUUCGGGCAGCCGGUGACCUGCCUCGCUUGCCUCAAUCUUGACGGCCUCGUGGUGUGCAGCAGCUCAGCACCCAUUACGUUGACGCUCGCUUGGAGCUCCGCAUCCAAAGCGUUGGCCUCCACUUCCUCCGCAGCCCUUGUGGGGAUCCUUCUCAUCGUGGCGGCUGCCUACCUGCGCAAGCGCCUGGUGAUGUGGUCUCGGGCGUAG